CAAGACUGGAAUGACGUUCUUUGAAAAUCGUGCGCGUGGCUACCAUUGAAAUAUAAUUAAAUAAAUCCUACAUAUUCCAGUAUUUUUUUCAUAUUAAAACCUUAAUGUUACUCCGUUCAAACUCAAUCCGUUUAUUCUAAUUUAAUGUAUGAAAAGCAUGGCAAAACACAACUGGCAAUAGUUUUCUGUAAAAUUGAUUGAAAAUUUUAGGUAGGACCUCUCUUUGGCGCUGCCAGAUCUACCUCAGUUUGCCUCUGAAUUUAACGCGCGUAUUUAAACUGAUAAUUACAGAGAUUUUUGUUUCUCUGAAAAGAAAAAAUCUUUUCGUUUACAGAAAAUUCAAAACAAUUAUCGAAUAAGUAAAUCCUUAUGCCUUGAAAGACAUUGUCACAUAUAAUUUGAGUGUGACAUUUUGAAACUUGUUUCCUCCAAGUUAUUUUUUGAUUUUCUCGUGAAAAAUAGGCGCGCAAUGGAUUUUCCUCAUUCAAAAAGCGAAGAAGAAGUAAAUGAUGAAAAGCUGGUGUACGAUUUUCCAUAUGCGAAUCUUCGGGACGUGCCUUCGGCAGAUUUGGAAUAUGUCAGGAAAUGCUUACCCCACUUGUUGAAAAUCAGCCAAACCAGCAUUUUCUACACAAAUCUUAAGGCAGUAAGACUGACGUUGGAGUUCACGAUUAACGUGCUGAAUGCGGCUCCUUUUCAAGCCCUCGAUAGCAAGGAAACGUUCGGCGAAGUACUGACUCUACUUCGGGAACUGUUGCUCGGAUCUAUGAAAUACAACAAGUUUAGCAAUAUUUUCCCGGACAUUUCCCCUGUUUUUCAUUUAGUGUUCUACGUGUCUGAGCUGGGUAUCUUUUGCGCAAAAAGCGCUAGCAUUUGUGAGCCAAUUUUACAGCAAAUGCUCAAUAAAGUCGGCGAUUACAUGCUGAUAGAUAAACUUUUGAGUGAGACGUUGGAUAACUUUCAAAAAAUCGGAGCCCUGGUGGAAAUGUCCAGACUAUCAGACACUGUACUGCGCGGAUUUCCUCUUGAAAGCUCCACAUACAAACUAUGCGCUUGUUGGCUAACUCAAAACGCACUCGAAAUUUUCAGUCAGCUAACUGUGGGGCCCCCAGAAAACGAUGCACAGUUUGCCAGCCUUAUGAACAACAUUAGCACGUUGUUAUUGAAAGUCGCCUCCGCACAAAGCAAUCCGAUGGUGGAAAAGUACCAACAGACACUGUUGCUAUUUGUGGCCGAAUUAAAAAGCCUCACACCAACGCUGAUUGAACUUUGCGGCCGGGAAGCCUGUGCGUUGACUGCAAAGGCACUCUUAGGUCACGUAUUAGUGUUCUUCUUGGAGGAACAGGACAUGUACUCCGACAAGGCGGUAAACACCAGUAAGGAAGACAUCGUAAAAUUCCCGGCAAAGGUGGAGGAUUGGCCGAAUCAGUGCUGCGGCACAUUUUUCUGGCUUUGCCAUCUGGUUUACCAACAUCAAAAAACUGUUUGGCCCACCGAAGCUAUUUGCACUGCCAUAGGCCGUUUGCUUUAUUCGAAACAGCACCUCAACCUUAUUAAUCCCUCUGUGUUGAAGUCAGUAUUUUUCGUAUAUCCUAUCAUCUUGCAAACCAAUGGCAAGAUAAUCAAAAAGCGCAUUAUUGGCAACGAUCUGUUGAACGUCGUGCUGCCCAGGUUCAUGCGCUUCUUGGAUAAGAUUCUGACUAUUUCCACCGGACAACUGCUCUGGAUUCUUUAUAAGGGUCCGUGGAGUAUCAAGACUGCGACUCUCGAAUUUUGGCUGAAAAACGCAGAGGCGGAACAACUGGAAACUAUGGAAGAAGUGUUGGUAGCUAGCAAAUCGCAAAAACUGCUGAUCUAUGUGUUGCUAUCGCUUAAGGAUCCACAUUCACCCGUCGCUAAUCGACUAACCGAAGUGAUUGAAAACUUGCGAGGUCGAGUGACAUUCAAGGAGAUUCUCGUUUUACUUCCGCAAAUUAGCGACAAUAUGGAAAGAGUGAGCGCGCUGUUAAAAAUAGCCUGCGGUGAGACGCCCGAAGACAACACAGCAGCUAAAAAACUGUUCAAAUAUCUCCACUUAAUACUGACAAAGCAGCCAGGCGACAAUUUGCUUUCCAAUGUCUGUUGUUUGGCUUCAAACGCGCUCAACGUCUUGAAAACGGACAAGGACUUCAUCCAAGCCAUUUGUGCUGAGCAGUUUUGGUUCAGAUAUCUCAUAAGUAGAUUGAAUGGCCGGAACGAGAAGCUGCUGAAAGCCAUUCUGGCCCUACUCACUAAGCUGAUUAGCUAUCAGGACAUGCCGGUUGACUCCAGCCAGCCAAUCUGCAUCAACUUGUCUCAAUUAUUCACAAUUUCUCCAGAAGUAUCGGCAAAAGUGGUCGCUUUCCUCCAUCAGUCUUUCAAAGUACAAACUCCUUUCGCCAUUAACAAAGACAUCAUAUUGGAUGUUUUUGACAAACUGUGCCAGUUAACUGAAUCGCCGCUUUUGUCUGACAAAGUCUACGGUUGUCUGAUGGGCCUGUUGAAGAUGUACCCCGAUGAGCUGAUUCACUCACCCAUUUUGGGAAUGUUGGUGGAGGAACAGUGCCGGCUCACUAGUAGGAAAAUGAACACAUCGGAAAGUUUGAAGUUCGUCUUGUUUUGGAUCAAAAUGAAGUACCGAUCGGGAAUCAAUAUGUGUGGGUAUUUGCCCAAAGAAGGUUUGAUGGCUAUGUUUUUUCAACGCUCAAUGGGGAUUCCAAAGUAUAUGAUGAAUAGAUACCUGUUUUACAUAUCGGAGAUCUACGACCGACAAGAAAGUUUAACUAUUGACAAUGAUCCUCUCAACUAUGUUCGGAGACUUUUCAAAGAAAACCACUCAUGAGUUGUCCAAGAACAGCAACGGGCUGUAUACAGCAUUCCAGCUGCGAAAAUUGAAACUUUAGUUCCUAUAUGAAUUAAUGAUUAAUUUAAGUUUUCCAUCAUUUUGGAAUAUAUUCUGUGACUUCCCAGUGAAGCCCCUUAAAUUUGAAA